AGGCGCCCGAUUGUCUUCCUUUCGCUGGCUUCAUUGAAGAACAAACGCACGUCUUCCCAAGGCAAAUUGAAACUGAAAGAACAAUCAUCCUCACACACACAAAAAAGCUGGAAUAGUAGCAAAGAAAUGGCGGAAGACGAGGGCAACAGACCCCAUAACAACCGCCCUUCUCUCAAAAGUCAUAUAUCUUUUAAUAAUUACCCUAAAUGGAAAGACAAGCUUAGAGAAAAUUGCUACAAAAGGGUCCGUGAAGAUCGAACCCGUUUGCUUUGGAAAUUAAGAUUGCCUAAACCAAAUGAACUGCACCUCAAUCACAAGGAUCUCAUCAAAUCAACUUUCCAAGAUAUAGUUUCCGUUGAAUUAAGAAAAAUUAAGGACUCGUCUUUGAACAGCGAUUGCGGAGUUCCAACUUUUGGCACUGCUUCUGAUGACAUGAUAUGGGAAUAUGACGGUCUUCAUACAGAUUAUCAAGGCAGCUGUGAAGAAUUGUUGUUUGAAAUGCAAAGGAUAUUUUAUGAGGAUCUGAGGACAGAGGAAAGUUUAAAAGAGCCAGAAAAUUUUAUCGAAACUUGGGAGGAUGAAGAAGAUGAAUAUUUGGCUCGUGCUGUAUAUGAGCACAUGCAGCUUAAUGGUGAACAGGAUACGGGGAUAUCGCUAAAAAGAGUCCAAAUUUCAGACAUAUGUACGUGGGUAGGAAAGGAGGUUUGGUGCCCUGUUUGCAAAAGAGGAGAGUUACAACAAAAUCGUUGCCUUAUUUAUUGUGAUCGGUGUGGACUUAAACUCAACAGAAGCGAUGAGAUUAGUUUGGAUUUGCUAAGGACGAGGCUGGCUGAAGCUCAUGCAGAGCAUCUUGAUAGGGGAUGUAGGUUAAAGCCUGAGUUCUGUGUUGAGACUAUAUUUGAACUAACUGCAUUGUACAUCAAAUGCCAAGGCUGUGAUACAUUUGAGGUUGUAAUAUAGUCGGCUACUUUCCAUUUAGUUCUUUCAGAUAAUUCAUGAUUUACUUGAAAAUAUAAACUUUUUGCUUCCUUUCCUUUUCGCUUUGGUCUGUCCUUUUAAUUUUUAUUUGUUAGAAUGGCUUCUAUCUUCUUUGUUCAUCUGAGAGGGAGAUGCUUAUCUGUCUAUAUUACUUAAUGUUCUUUA